AUGCCCUCCCGCACCACGCAGAGUGCACCGCCACCGCCGCUACCUAGUGCCUGCACUGGCCCUGCUGAAUGGGCUGUGUACAAUAAGUUCAAGCGGGAAUUGCAAGCUGCAGACCCUGAAUGCCCUCCUCCGACGAUGCAAGAGUGGCGCGAGAUGAUGGGGCUGUCCUCCGGGCAGUCUGGUGAUCGUGCGACUGCUCGUACCUGCCGUCCCGCGGGCCGGAAUGCCCAGCGUCGCGAAGCGAUGGUCAUUGAUCCUGCCCUCCUUGAGACAGAGGAGACAGGUGGUGGAUUGAGCCGCAACGGCCGAAAGCGCAAGGAUAGGCGUUCCAAGCACGGAGGGCGGCGCCGCCGUCGCCACUGUCGCCAGGGUACAGAAAGCGGUGCUGAGUCUAGCAGUGAUACCGAGUCCAGCAGCGAUGCUGACAGCAGUUCCGAGUCGGAGCCCAACAUUGCUCCACGCCUCAUCCUCAUGGCGAACAGGACUGAGCUUAACAAGCGUCAGCAGACAACCAAGUCAGAACUUGUGACAAAGAACCGUCGCCUUGAUGCCUGCUUGCUCUAUGAGGAAAAGCACGGGGUCAAUCCGCAGCCCCUCAUUGAGACGCCAUGGAUGACCGAAGAAGUCAGCACGUUCAGUGCAUCUGAUGAUGCAAAGCAGCAGAUGUUUUAUAGCGAAGCUAAGGAGAAGAGCGGACUCACCAAUGAAGAUAUCGCGCGAGGUAUCAAGAUGCUUGAACUGCGAUCCUUCACCUGGCGCACUAACAGAGUGACCCAGAUUUAUCACGAGCUUGAUGAUCUGUACAACGCAAACCUUAAGGCUGAGGUGCCUCAAGUCCAUAGACGCAUCGACCUCGGUCACAUCUCACGCACCAAUGUGCCCGAUCUAAAGCGCUUGAUAUCUCUGGUUCUUGUCAACACAACCUGGCUGAAGCGUUGGCAGGCAGAACGCCAUGGCGCCAGAGACCAAGACAUCAAAUUCAAGGUCAAGAACCCUCGCGGCUUCAGGGAUCUCGAGUUGACCGACGAAGAGGCUGGUGGUACGAGGGAGGAUCGUGCCGGUGGAGAGGGCUUGGUACAAAACCGGAGCGAGGGCAGCAGUUGUCGUCACGGUGAAGAUGCUGAUAGCACGGGCGAGGAAGAGGAUGAUGAGACCUGA